AGUUUACUGAUACCGAAUGUUCAACAGCUGACAUUAAACAUGUAGCGACCUCUAACGUCCAAAUAAUAGAAUUUUUAAUGUGUCUUAUCAAGAGGAGACCCUUGGUUUGCCUAUUCAAAUAAAAUGAGUUCAGGAGAAUGUGCCGGGUUAGUAGUUUCUAGGAGUUGUGCGGUUUGUGGACUCAAAGAAAAUUUAUUAAGGUGUUCGCGUUGUAAAGUUAGUUGUUAUUGUAGUAAGGAUCAUCAGUUGCAAGAUUGGAAAAAACAUAAGCCAAUCUGUAAGAGACUUAGAAUAUCUGAUUCAGCUGUGGAAAAUAAAUACGGUCAUAUCGUGGAGAAUUCAGAACAUAAAGAUAUUUUACCAAUAGAAGGCAGUUCAGAAAAUGAAAUAUUAAGCUCUGUAGCUGAACAGUUAGCACCAAAUAACAAUUAUCACCUGACAUCUACUGAGAAAUCUUUAAAUUUUGUUAAUAUAGCUAUGCCUAUAAGUGGAAGUAAUGUUGUUCAAUCCAAACAUAAAACUUUUAAGGAUUUUCCAGAGAUUUCCUUAAAUCAGUCUACAAGUCUUGAGAAUGAUGUGUAUCUAGAAGAAACGUGCAGAAAUGUUAUAGAGGAUAUGAGUGACUAUGGACUUUGUGUUAUAGAUAAUUUUCUUGGUGCUGAAAGAGGUAAGAAUGUCUUGGCUGAAGUGUUAAACAUGGGAAAUCAAGGUGUGUUCAGAGACGGACAGUUGGUAUCAUCUAAAGGUUCGGGCGAAGACAGUAAAACUAUAAGAAGUGACCAGAUCUGUUGGGUGCAUGGUAAGGAACCCAAUUGCCCAAAUAUAGGACACCUUGUUAGUAAAGUAGAUUCUGUGAUCACUAGAGCUAACAAAAUGGAUAAAACUGGACAUUUAUCAAGAUAUAAUAUCAAUGGAAGGACGAAGGCAAUGGUUGCAUGUUACCCAGGUUUCGGAUCUCAUUAUGUAAAACACGUAGAUAAUCCCAAUAGGGAUGGUAGAUGCAUAACAGCUAUAUAUUACCUUAACCUUAACUGGGACGUACAAAGAAACGGAGGACUACUAAGGAUAUUCCCCGAAGGAUGGAGAGAAGAUAAGGUUGCCGAUAUCGAACCUCAAUUUGAUAGACUGUUAGUGUUCUGGUCAGAUAGAAGGAAUCCGCAUGAAGUUCAACCCGCUUAUAAUACACGCUAUGCUAUUACGUUAUGGUAUUUUGAUGCAGAAGAAAGAGCAGAAGCGCUUAGGAGAUACGAAAGGGAACGAAAAGCCUUGAGCCUGCCCAAAUGACUAGUUACCUGUUGUUACAUAAAAAAGAGAAGAUACAUUUAUACAUAUAGAAAAUAGUUUGCUAUUACGUCCCUUUGUACAUAUUGUGAAUUUUAUAUGAAUAUUAUUACUUUGUAAGAUGAAAGUGUGAUAUUUAAAAUAAUUGAAAUCUCUUAGCCAUUGCAACUUUCUAAACGAUUAUAUACAAACUAUCGUAUUAUGAUUCUAUGUUUUUAAGUGUACAUUGUCAUGCUAUGUAAUAGUUAUAAAAACAUCAGGAUUUCAUAAAAAUAAUACUAGGAUAUGGGACAAGAAAUUGUUGAUUUUAUUCAAUGAAUUUUAGAAGUUGAAAUAAUGACUAAAGCAAAACUUUGUAAUGGCUUUCAACAACUUUCUCAACUUAACGACAAUACUUUGUGACUAGCUUUAAUUAUGUAAAUUAAAUUUCUGCAUACCAAAAUCUAGAUCUUCUACAAAUUUUGAAAAUUGCAAUUCAUUUAUUGCCAACUUACUGCUAAAAUCAUUAUAUAAUGUAUUUUAGUUCUAAGCCGUUUGUAAUUUAGUUUUGCAAUUUCUAAAUGUGAUAAAUUGUGCAAUUAAAGCUUAAAGAUAAUAUUAAAGCUUAUUUUUGUUUUUAUUUCCUAUCUGUACCACUACUUUGAAUAAGUUUCAGCAAGACUUGUGUUAGUAAACGAAUUCUUGUUGUAAAAACUGAAUAAUUGAUUUUGCAAUAUUUGAUAACAAUUGAUUUAAUUUCAGUUAUCAAAUUUACUACUAUAUUUCCAAAUCUACUAUAUUUUUUAUUUGGUUUUUUGCAUGUCCAUUUUCUUGAUUUUUCUUGGGGCAUUAUUUAUCUUUCUGUUACUCUAAUCUAUCAUCAUUAAAGAAGUAAUUAUUUCAGGUAUUUACAUACCUAUAUAUAUAUAUAUAUAUAUAUAUAUAUAUAUAUUAUAUAUAUAUAUAUAUAUAUAUAUAUAUUGUUUAUUUAAUUUUCUUGAACCUUAACUUUAUAUUUUUUGAGAAAACUUUCUUGGGAAUAGGUUCACUUAAAAUUAAUUAUUUAUUAAAAGUUAUUUAUUUUAGUUGAUGUUUCGGCAGGUAUUCCUUGUCUUUAUCAAAAAUAUAUCAUAAAACGUAAAUUAGUUAACAUUAAUAACAAUAAUGAUUGUCAAAUUUAUGAUCUACUUGAAAUUCUAUCAACAUAAAUUUCAAGAAUACCUGUUAAAACUUCAACUAAAAUAAAAAGCUUUUAAUAAUAUUUAAUUUUAACUGUACCUAUUCUAAAGACAGUUUUAUCAAAAUAUAUAAUUCGGGUUCUAAAACUAGGAAAUUAAUUACUUUGUAGAAAGUUUUCACCCUUUUUAUCAUUUGAAUGUAUUUAAUAUAUUUUUAGGAUAUUUUAAUACAUUCUUGACUUUAGAACAUUUGUACCUUCAACAUGUUUUUAAAUACUAGGAGACUGCCUUGUAAAUAUAAGUAAUAAUAAUCCAUUCAUCUGGUAAGCUAUCUAGUUUAGACUUAUAUUGAACAUUGCUAUAAUUUUCCGGAUUGAUAUUAUUUAUCACAUAUUUUUUACCUUGCUCUGCUGUCAAUGAUAAUACGAAUAUCUUGAGGCGCAACAUAUUCGAUAUGUUACAAAAAUUUGAAAUUAAUUCGAACAAAAAUCAAUUGAAUUACUGUUGUUCUCUUUAAAUAUGGAAUAAAUAAUAAAUGGUAUAUUAGUUAUUAGCAGCACAUUUGACUCAUAAGCUUUAGCCAAGUAAUUUUUUGAUCCCAUAUCCGCAAUUUAAAACCAAAAAUUACCCGAACAUUGUAUCUAUUUUUAAUAGUGGUAAAUGUAUGUCUUGAAAGUUUAUGGACAUUUAUUUUUCAUAUUGUUUAACGAUAACGAAGAAAUUCGCAAUAUUUGGUGAGAAUAAAGAUAUUGGCAGUGAAGUUGAAAACAGCUUAUAUUAUUUGUAAGCCAUAUUUUUAUUUCUGUCCAAUAUCCAUCCUAAAUUUAUUUUAUUUAGCUUAUGGCAAUUUAAUACACAAUGUAUAACAAUUCAACAUCUAAAUCAUUUAAGUAUUUAAUCGACGCUGGUGUCACCUAGGCAAAGUCCAGUAGGUCUCCAUAAUAUUUUCUCGAAGGGCAUUCGGCAAUCAAAUGUUGGGUGGUCUGAGUCACAAUUGCAGAUAUUCUCAUCUUCCAUUUGUGAAGGGUAUCAAAAACCAGGUGAAGUUUCGGUGAUGCAUGAUAUAUUCUCAUUAUUCGGUUCGCCCUGUGGGUCUGCAUGUUCUUCCACUGGAGCAUAAUUUGGAUAUUGUUUGAAGACAAGUUUAUUGUAUAUCUUCUUAGUGGUUUUUUUUAACACAAGCGAUGUGAGUUGGCGUCAGCGAUAUCUUUAUGUAUUGGUAAUUGCGCAUUGUUAAGUAUUUUAUGGAACUCUUGAGCAAAGCUUGUUUGCGACGGAGAUCGAUAGGAGCUAUUGGUGUAGACUUGAUUUUUACAGAUAGUAGACGCAUUGUUGUAUUAAGCUAUCUAUAAUUUUUAUGUGAUCGCUAUUUAGCCAUAUAGCAGAACAGUAUCCGGCCGUGGAGUGUACAAGUCCAAGAACUGGGCACCGAAGUGUACUUACAGAUGUUCCUCUUGUUGUCCCGCAGAGCUUCUGUAUAAUAUUGUUGCGGGAUCUUAGCUUUGCUGUUUGUCUUUUCAGGUGUUUCUUAAACGAGUGUGUUCUACACAGAGUAACGUCCAGGUAUUUGGGGUUAUAAUUUUGCGUGAACAGUUGGUUUUCAAUGUACACCUUAAGUUGUGUGUGAGUCAUUUUGUUGUUUAAGUGAGAACAACUAACCACGGUUUUAUUAGGAUUAGGUUUGUGUCCAUUCUUUAAAGUACUUAGCAGCCUUUUAAGAUCAUCCGUUAGGAUCGUUCAAUAUAGUUUGAGUUUAUUCAGAGCUAGUAUGGACAUACAUUUGUUUAACUAUUACAUUCGUGAUAUAUAAAUGUCGUGAAUCUUUUUCAUUUGUGUUAAAAAUAUAAUAUAGUAUUAAAUAUUUCCUAACGGCAUGUAAAAUUUUACUAAGAACAAGAGAUUAUUUUGAUUACCUUUUAUGUAUGUAGAAGAAUAAAUAGAUAUACUGAACUAUUACAAUUUGUUAAUCAUGCAUUAAAUUAUUAAACAGAUUUUUUUAAAUUUGUGUUUAAGACUAAAACCAACGAAAUAUAGAUUAAUUACAAUCGUU